AUGGUACCACAGACUGAGAAGAGCUCCCUUAAGCGCAGGGGUGCCGCAGAGUACGAUGUACAGGAUCAAAAGAAGCCUCGACGGUCAGGGAGGAUCAGUUCACAGCAGUCACAAACUCCUGUUAUACAGUCAUACCUACCUACUCCCCUAACGCAUCAUGAUUCGACCGCUACAGAUCUUCGAAAGGAGGUGACCGCUACUCCGCCAAGCCAAGCUCGUCUGCGCUCUCCGUCGAAUUCAGACAGCUACCAGCCACUUUCGUCUCCUCCCGGUGAUACACAAGCAUUCUCACAAUUUGUGUAUCCUCCUAGAGCCUUUGCCGACGAAGUUGGAGAUGAGGCUGCAGAAGGGGUCUGGGGUUACUUAAUCCCUCUAGACGAUAAAGUCAAAGAUGCCCUUGUGCUUCGAAAACGUGAUAGCUGUGAAGAUGACACAAACUCGAGUUCCAAGCCGAUCGCCAAAAAAGGAGCCGCGAGCCAAGCCAAAAAUUCCUCUGUAAAACAGCAGUCUAGCCGGCGCCCUGGGGGUUAUCUUGUCGGACGACACCCAGAAUGCGACCUGGCUCUCAAUAUACCCACAGUGUCUAACCGUCAUUUCUUGGUGUUCCCGGAAAAUAGAAGAGGCGACACAGUGGCGAUACUAGAAGACCUAUCUAGUAACGGCACAUUUAUCAAUGAUGCGAUUAUUGGACGAAACAAACAUCGUGAAUUAGAAGAUGGCGACGAGGUAACUGUAUUAGACGAGGUUCGGUUUGUAUUUAGAUAUCCUCGAACGAAAAAUAUCAAUGGCUUCCGACAGCAGUAUCGUGUCUUGCAACAGCUAGGGAAAGGCCAUUUUGCAACCGUCUAUCUCUGCGUGGAACGCGCAACGGGAACGCAGUACGCGGUAAAGAUGUUCGAGAAACGAUCUGGUGAUUCGCAGAAGUCCCAGAAUGAGUCUCUAAUGCAAGAAAUCGGCCUCUUGAUGAGCGUUAGUCAUCGCAAUUUGCUUUGUCUCAAAGACACCUUUGAUGAAAGUGACGGGGUUUAUCUUGUAUUGGAACUUGCACCAGAAGGUGAACUUUUCAACAUGAUCAUAAGUAAACAAAAGUUUACAGAAAAUGAGACUCGUCACAUCUUCCUUCAGCUCUUUGAAGGGUUGAAAUAUCUACAUGAUCGUGGAAUUGUUCAUCGAGACAUCAAACCAGAGAACAUACUUGUUGCCGAUGACAAGCUGAGCGUAAAGCUAGGUGACUUUGGUCUGGCUAAGAUAAUUGGUGAAGACUCAUUCACGACCACGCUUUGUGGCACGCCAAGCUAUGUUGCUCCCGAGAUACUCCAAGAAACUCGCCGGCGCAAAUACACGAAAGCCGUUGAUAUCUGGUCACUCGGCGUUGUCCUUUACAUAUGUCUCUGUGGUUUCCCACCAUUUUCUGACGAGCUUUAUACACCGGAGAAUCCUUACACUUUGGCACAGCAGAUCAAGCUAGGCCGCUUUGAUUACCCGUCUCCUUAUUGGGACUCUGUUGGCGACCCGGCCCUAGAUCUCAUAGACAGGAUGCUUACAGUUGAUGUUGAUAAAAGAAUCACUGUCGAUGAAUGUCUCGAACACCCGUGGCUCACAGGUAACUAUCCCAGCGUGGCUGAUAGUACAGAUGGCCUCACCGGUGCCUUGGGGAAAUUAGACUUCUCUAGAAGGAAAAUUGCACGGGAACGGACGCUUCUCAGCAGCAUUAAUGACGUGCAUUUUAGCCAGCAAAAGCCGGGAGGAGGGGCUCCGGUAAAGGUAUACCAUAAAAACACUCCUGGCCAGCGCAUGCACAAUCGGAGGGUCAGCCGGCAACACGAAGACUCCCCCAAUCAGAAUAGUGGUCCCAAGAACUUUGUCAACCUCGGGGAGCACGGUGAUCCAGUUUUAUUUGAAGAAGAUCCGACAAGCCGAUACAAUUAA